UGAGUCCUGCAGACCAGCGCAGCUAUGUGUCAAUCUCUCAGACGGAGAGAGGCAGAAUGGGAUGCUGAGUGACUGAAGACGAUGCUGUCGAUCAGUCUUUUAGACGCGCUCCUGUUUAGUUCAACAUGAUAUUUAAACGUAUCCUGAGCCUUAUUAACUGAUUAUAUAAGGGAAUGUGAAGAAGCGGCCAAGCGUUGCAUGGGGAAAGCGGACUGAUCGAUGCAAAGCUCCUCAGCGCAGGUCGAGAUGGUGAGCCGCUGUCAGACCCAAACCUUCCCGGACAUCACCGGCUUGACGCUCUCCGUGUUCGGCGGCAAGGCGGAGAUGUGUGCACGGAAAGGCUUUGGAUCCCAGGUCUGCCGGAACCCGAGCGACUCCCAGAACAUGAGCUGCGCUAGCCCGAAGCGACUCAUCGCUCACGCCGAGGAAAGAGCGCAUCUGUCGGCCAAAAGUGAGCGGCUGUGUCUAUCCCUGCCGCCUCUCCAAGUUAAUGGAGCCUACUGCUCAGAGAAGGACGCAAGCUCUGAGCUGGGCGAUGUCCAGGGCACCCUAAUGCGAUGUGGGCAGAGCCUGCCACUGCCAGCGGGGGGCCCUUCAGAAGGGGUCUACCCCCCGAGCCUUCACUGCAGCAGACCAGCACCUGACCUCCUUCUGCAGGAUGACCCACACCAUGAGACCAGAAGGACCUCUGCCUUCCAGAGGGCUCCGCCAGGGGCCUCACCUAGCCUUGGCUGCAGUGCCAACAUGGCUUGCUCCUCUGCCCCUUACCUGAUUAAACAGGAGAACUCAAUUGGACAAAAGACCUCCAGUGUCCAAAGCCGGUCUCAGGCAUUUCCAGCAUGUAGGGCAGGUCAAGCUUUGGAGGCAUCAAUAGAUGACAUAGCUGCAGCCCUGCAUGCUAGCAGUAACGGUAAUGGCGUAUGCACAGUGAGCUCUGCAGGUAAUGCUGUGUCAGGAGACGCAGUCCAACGUUUUAAUAAUGGAGAUGGCUCCUCCCCACUGGCUUUGUCCCCAACUGGCUCCCAUCAUUCAGCACGGCUGCUCAGCGCUAGAAGUGUGAAGAGACGCUGCCUGUCCUUGGCCUCACAGUCCACUGCCGCUGCUGGCACCAGCAGCGUCGCCCCAACGGGUUCCCCAUCAGCCACUGGCACAACCUCCAAAGAGAUCAAUAUCACCGCAGCCAUCUGCUCCUCCACCCAGAUGUCGACGGUUGCCUGCGUCAAGGGGUUCCGCGCUAACCUCUCACCCAGCAACACUAGUAGCGUUGGCUUCUCUUCAUCGUCCUCCUCCUCUUCUUCUACAUCCCCACCCUCUAUCUGCUGCCAGCGGGAAGCCCCUCGGAGGCCCCCACGUCACACCAGCCCCUUGCAAGCAGUGCAACAGGAGAGCUGUCAGCUGUCCUCACCUGCCACCUGCCUGCUGUCCCAGUCCGCCUCCUCCUCCUCCUCUUCUUCAGCAUCAUUGGUGGAGCCAGAGACGGGCCUGGGGCAGAGCCUGGGGCUUUGCGAGGAGCAGGUCUCCAUGUUGCGGGGGCUCGGUGGUGGAGGAACAGCCGAGGAAGGUGAAGAAAGAGGCUUGGAUGGGUUGGGGCUCCUAAUGAGUGGGGCCCUUAUGUCUGGGACAUUGAACUCCAGUUCUGAAGCAGGCUGCCUGUUGGAUGAGGGUCUAAGAUGUGGGGCAGCUCUUAAGCAGGAACCUCUUGAUGACUUCUCUCCAAGUGAAGAUGAACUCUUCCAGCACCACUAUCACCACCAUCAUCACCUGAGUGGUCGCAGUGGGCACCACCAUCACACUCCCCACCCAUCUCGAUCUACCAUGCCUCCUCCCUAUCACCUGCACCAAUACCCAGGCCCCAGUCACGGGGGGCCACUGCAGCCACAGAGCCAGCAGAUGACACAAGCCUCCCCCCUGGGACUAAAACAAACCUCCGGAGGCCCCCCUGCACCCCACACAGCCUUGGAGCGGGAAGAAGUCAGAGGAGGAGCACAGGCGGACAAGCAGGUGUGUCGCUGGAUCGACUGCAGUGCCUCUUAUGAGCAGCAGGAGGAGCUUGUUAGGCACAUCGAGAAAGUCCACAUCGACCAACGCAAAGGAGAGGACUUCACCUGUUUCUGGGCCGGCUGCAUUCGCCGCUACAAACCCUUCAACGCCCGCUACAAGCUGCUGAUUCACAUGAGGGUCCACUCUGGAGAGAAACCUAACAAGUGUAUGUUUGAGGGCUGUAACAAAGCCUUUUCCCGUCUGGAGAACCUGAAGAUCCACCUGAGGAGCCACACGGGCGAGAAGCCAUACCUCUGCCAGCACCCGGGCUGCCAGAAAGCUUUCAGCAACUCCAGUGACCGAGCCAAGCAUCAGCGCACUCACCUGGACACGAAACCAUAUGCAUGUCAGAUCUCUGGCUGCACCAAACGCUACACGGAUCCCAGUUCUUUACGCAAGCAUGUCAAAAUCCACUCGGCCAAAGAGCAACAGGUGCAUAAAAAGCUGCGGCCCUGCCAGACCAUGGAGCAGGAUGUCCUGAGUGACUGUCUUUCCAUGCAGCAGAUCCAGAGCUCCACCUCCUCCCAUCAUCUCUACAACGGCAAAGAUGGUCGCUCUCCUGCAAUGUGUCCAGAUAUCUUCACAGGGCUGUACGCUGGCUCCAGCAACCCCCAUCAGAGCACCUCGGUGGAGCUCCUCUCCCAUACCCCCAACCCUGCCUCUGUCACCGACCUGCCCUCCCGACAGCACAGGCUGGAUCAGGACCUUGGCAGCCCUCAUCACCUGUCCCCUCUGGCAUCCAUGGAUGGCGCAAGGGAUGGAAUGUCCGGUCCCCUCUUGUCUCCUGGCAUGAAGGCAACAGGAACUCCUCCUCCUCUUCCACAGGAGAAACAACAUGGUCACCCUCAUCACAAGCACUACCCUCAUUACCAACAUCAUCAGCCUGCCACUGACGAAUACCAAGCCAGCUUUCAGAGCUGCUUCCAUUUUGGAGACCCCUAUAGGAUGGAGCAGACGGUCAGCAGUGUCCCCGUCCCAGGAGAUGCUCUUACCUACUCCUCCCAUCAGCACAAUGGCUUCCACAUGCCAACCAGCAACACUGGACCUACAGGGUUUGGCGUGACCCAGGAGCUGCAGGGGGGCGGAGGGUGCCAGUAUUCCUCCAGCCCUGACGACAGCAUGUUCUUCCAGGUGGGGAGCUUCGACCGCAGCUUGGGCCACAUGUCGUCGGUCUACACGGAAACAUAAAGCCGGCCUGAAGCAGGGAAUGCUUCACAACAACUCCCUCCGCAAGCAUCUUCACCUCCUCUUCAGUCCUUGUUUUUUUUUUUCUUACAAAAUUUUAAACUCUACUUGGGUCAUUCUGACUUAUGCACCAGAUAAUAACCAGCUGAACUAAACAAACACUACCGCCCAUACACAUUAUAACUGAUGCACUGCCUUAUUGUAAGGUAUGAUAAAAGCACAGCUUGCAACCAUGUGGCUUCUGGCCCCUCUACAAGCAUAACCGCUUACAAAACGGCACAAAAAAUAUUCAUACCCUCUAAACCUUUGCCCAUUUUGUCAUGUUACAACAUUAAACUGUAUUUCAUUCAGAUUUCAUGUCAAAGGCCGACAAAAAGCAUUGCAUAACUGUAAAGUGAAUGGAAAAGGAUUCAGGUUUUCACAAUGUUUUACAAACACUAAUCUGAAAACAGUGACGUUCAUUUGUCUUCAACCCCCCUUUAUUCUGUGACACACCUUAAUAAAGCAUCUUUCUCCCAUAUCCCAGAAAAGUUUGGCCUACAGGCAGAACUCUGUAGAGUAGAGGAAAACUAACACCGAGGAUGACUCCAAACACAUCAUCCUCAACCUGAAACAUGGUAGUGGCAGCAUCAUGGUGUACGGAUGCUCUUCUUCGUCAUGGCCAGGAAACUUUGUCAGAGAUGACGGGAAGAUGGAGGGACCUAAAUACAGGACAAUCCUGGAAGAAAACCUAUUAAAGGCUACAAAAGACUUUAUUCUGGGGCAGAGGUUCACCUCCCAGCUGUACAAUGACCCUGAACUUACAGCCAGAGCUACAAGGGAACGGUUUAGAUCAAUGUAUAACCAUGUCUUAGAAUAAUAAAUGCUGUUCAGACACUCUCCCUCAAAUCUGACUGAGCUCGGGCUAUUCUGCAAGGAACAGUGGGCAAAAGUUUCUGCAUUGAGAUGUGAAAAGCUGUGACAAACACACCAGCAAAUGACUUGUAGCUGUGAUUGUAGCAAAAUGUUCUUCUACCAAUUAUUGAUUCAGGUGUGCAGGCUACAAAUGCAUGCCAGAUUUUACUUGCAAAACAAAUUUUGAACACCAUGUCUUUUUCUUCCACUUCACAAUUAUGCACUACUUUGAAUUUGUCUGACACUUAAAUGCAAGUUUUUCUUUGUAACUUAAUAAAGUUAAAAAACUUAAUAAAAUUAAAAAAUGUUUAUUGGGUACUGACACUUUUGUGGGGUACUGUAACUGUGAUUAAGUGAUAAUAGUUGCAAAGAAACAAUUCGUCCUCAACUUGCUGUUAAACCGGUUUUCAAAGGCAGCUCAGCCAAUUUAAUCUUACCUUGCAAUAAACUUGACAAUGUCUAGCAAAAUAAAAUGCAUAUAUAUAUAUAUAUAUAUACAUUUUUUUUUUUUUAAUGGUACAUUUUCAGCUGCAUCAGUGAAAGCCACGUGAACCAUAUGGUUCACAGACAUUUCAACACUAAAGAGGGAAAUUUUAAACAUACAUUCACAUAGACAAUCAUCUCAUCCUUAACAGAAUUUGAUGUUGGUGCUAAUUACAGCAGAAUCAGACUCUGUCCUUGGUUUUCAUGUAUGAAUUUUAAAUAAACACCAAGAUGUGCACGACAUCUGAAAAUAAUAGUUUUUUCCGUAAUCUACAUCUUCCAUUAUUUGUGAAGUGUAAAAUAUGCUAUUUUGCUGUGAUGUUUUUAUCAGUGGAAAAAAAGUUGCAUUUCUGUAAGUGUGAAGUGUUUUAUUCUGCCUUUGAAUUUAUCUCUAAUGGAGUUUUCUGGCUCAUUAGUCCUGUAAUACUUCAGAGACAACCAGCCUCCUAUUAUUAUUAUUAUUAUUAUUAUUAAUAAUAAUAUUAUUAUGUGUAUAAAAUGUACAGUUUGUUUACAACAACCAUUUGAGUGUCAUUUAAGAAAAUAAAAAUCACAGUGAGGAUUCAA